CUAUUAUUGAUAAUCGAUUAUUGUGCUUACCAGUGUUUACAUCGGUUCAUUUAUGGAACUUUUAUUAAAAGAAGCACGUGCAAAGUCUUGUCGAGUAGAAUCAUCGCAAUACCUGCCAAUUUUAUCUAUCGGUCUAUCUAAUCUCAUUCACGAUUAAGAAAAUUGUAACAAAGAUUGAACAAUAACAAGUAUUUAUUAAAUCACUGUACCAAAAGAAGGAUUUAUAAGAGAAAAAAAAGGAACAGCGGAUUUUCUUACGAUCACUGAUUUUUUUUAUAUUAAAGUAACAAGUAUGGCGGAGAAAUGUGCAAGCACAAACGACGGAGAUUAUUCACCAGUGAAGAAAAUCAAAUUGGAUGACGGAAGCAGCGACGUAAUUGAGAAAAAUUUUGACGAGAAUGACACGAGUGAGACAGAACUGAAUCUAUCAGAUUUCAAAGUGACUAGAGUGUUGCAGAAUAACUGUGCUCGAAAGUUGAUAUGCAUGGAAGGGACAUUCGAGAAUCGUGAGGGUCAGGCAGUCGUUCUGCUUGAGCAAAAGAGUUUUCCUCAUGACAAGAUGGUCUUGGAGAAAGAUUUCUUCGAUGGAAAGACGAUCUUUCGAAAGAUAUUCACCAAUGAUGUCUAUAAAAAUUACAAUUGUUUUCCAAUCAAGGAAAAUAAUGGUUUACACGUGACUGUGAUAUAUCCUGCUUCUCAAACACACAUCGAUAAAUAUAAAAGACAAGAAUUGUAUGUGAUAGAUGAAACCUAUGAACUUUAUCAGCAGGUCACUCUCCCUUACAUUGAGUCAAUGAGUCUGAGUUUGGAGUGGAUUACUAAUAUUUUGGAGCAUAAAGCUGAACAAGAAAGUAUUAUUUACGAGGACCCUGACAGGGAUAAUGGUUUUGUAUUAGUAACAGAUUUUAAAUGGGAUAGACAGAUGGAUACAUUGAAGUUAUUGGCAUUGCCAUUUAAAAAAAUAAGAUCAUUGCGAGAGUUGAAUGGGUCUCAUCUUCCUUUAUUAAAAAAUAUACGAGAUGCUGGAACGGCAGCGAUUAGUAAAAAGUUUAACAUACCUGUGUCUCAGCUCAGAAUAUAUUUCCAUUAUCAGCCAUCAUACUAUUAUCUACAUGUGCAUUUCUGCUAUCUUAUGUUUGAGGCACCAGGAAUAUAUGUGGAAAAAGCGCAUCUUUUAUCAACAGUUAUAAGAAAUUUGGAACUAAUGUCGGACUAUUACACGAAAGCAAUACUUUCGUAUGUUGUGUUUAAAGGAAGUCCACUUUAUGAAAAGUUUAAAUCGCAUGGAGUUUUACAAACAUCAAUGUGUAAAACACAAGAGACUGUAAAUAUAGUGUAAAUAAGACUGCUUUACUUCGAGAAAACGGCUUGGAUUGUACUGUGGACUCAAUUUGUGUGUUUGAGUUUUCACAUGUUGCUCUAACGACG